CGGUUGCCCCUUACUUUAGACGGCAAAGGGUCUUUUUUUUUUCUCUCUCUCUUCCAAACGAGUUCCUCCGCUGCGACAACACUGAGCGCAGGCGGAAGAAAAUUGAAUAAGAUGGAACUAUUUCUGGCGUCCACACGGCGUUCCUGCUGAGCAGCGAACGGCGAAAAGGUGUGGUAUCCAGACUCAGGUGUUCCAGAGGUGGAGGAGGACGGUUUCUGUUCUCUCUGCUCAAUGUGACAGAAGAUCAGGUUUUCUCCAUGGCUCCAGAGCGAGGCAGAUAUGAUUUCUACAUCGGCCUGGCUUUGGCCAUCAGCUCCAGUGUGUUUAUCGGAGGGAGUUUCAUCCUAAAGAAGAAAGGACUGCUCAGACUCGCCCGGAAAGGCUCCAUGCGAGCAGGACAAGGUGGUCAUGCCUAUCUGAAAGAAUGGCUGUGGUGGGCGGGGCUUCUAUCCAUGGGUGCGGGUGAAGCUGCGAACUUUGCAGCGUACGCGUUCGCCCCGGCGACGCUCGUCACUCCGCUCGGUGCUCUCAGUGUGCUCGUGAGUGCUGUACUUUCCUCCUACUUCUUGAACGAGAGGUUAAACCUGCACGGGAAGCUGGGCUGUCUUCUCAGCGUGCUCGGCUCCACCACCAUGGUGAUCCAUGCGCCGCAGGAGGAGGAGAUCGACAACCUCAAAGACAUGGCUGAGAAGCUGAUGGACCCAGGCUUCGCGGUCUUCGCCACCUUCGUCAUCAUCGUCGCCCUGAUCUUCAUCUGCGUGGUCGGCCCACGUCACGGCCAAACCAACAUCCUGGUGUACAUCACCAUCUGCUCGGUGAUCGGCUCUCUGUCCGUGUCCUGCGUGAAGGGUCUGGGCAUCACCAUCAAGGAGGUGAUCGGCGGUCAGCCGGUGCUGAGUCAGCCGUUAGCGUGGCUGCUCCUGGUGAGCCUGGUGGUGUGCGUCAGCACGCAGAUCAACUACUUGAACAAAGCGCUGGACAUCUUCAACACGUCACUGGUCACGCCCAUUUACUAUGUCUUCUUCACCACGUCGGUGCUCACCUGCUCCGCCAUCUUGUUCAAAGAGUGGGAGCACAUGGGCUACGACGACAUCAUCGGGACGCUCAGCGGCUUCUGCACCAUCAUCGUCGGGAUCUUCCUGCUGCACGCCUUCAAGGACGUGAACGUCAGCUUGGCCAUGCUGGCCGUCAGCAUCAGGAAGGACGAGCGCAACGGAGCCGUGGUCAACGGCGUCGCCUACGAGCGUCUCCGGGACGCCGACCAGGACACCGCCGUCGACUUGGAGGACAGAGACAUGGGCUCUAUCACCUUCGACAACGUCUCCAGGAGGAAUGGAGGCAUGGCGUCUUAGGUCCUGAACUCGGUAUUCUAUAAUCUGCUGUGUGAAGGUUUAGUGUUUGGUUUUUUUUUUUUCGUUUUAAAAUCUGAAGACAAUCAAACGGACCCGACGAUUGUUUUUGUUUUUUUCUCGUGACGACGUCUUGAGACUUCAUCAUUUUGCUCGUGUAGCGGUGAAGAUACAUUUUAAAAACCUUCACUCUGA